AUGGUUAGUCAUUGGCAACAACAACUUCAAAGGGCCAANUAUGUUGGUAUUAAUAUGCUCAGUGGAAGUUUUCCCAUUGUACUAUUGAAUUUGACAGGGUUGUCAGAAUUAUAUAUUUCCAACAAUCAGUUCAGUGGUGCGCUUCCUCCUAAUAUCACUUCACUAUCCAACUUGAGAGAUUUUGUAGCAAAUGGCAAUGCUUUCACAGGAACUAUCCCUUCUUCUCUCUUCACCAUUCCUUCUUUGACAUCUAUUUAUUUGGGUGGUAACCAAUUCAACGGCACUCUUGAGUUUGGGAAUAUAUCUUCUUCACCAUCUAACCUAGAAGAGUUAGACAUUGGCAAUAACAACUUCAAAGGGCCAAUCCCGAGAUCCAUUUCCAGAUUUGUCAACCUUUCGUAUCUUGGCCUUUCUCAUUUCGACACCCAAGGCCGCCCAAUUGACUUUAGUAUCUUCUCGCCUCUCAACUCACUCGAAUAUCUUGACAUAUCAUAUUUGAACACCACCACUACGAUUGACUUGAAUGAUUUCUUAUCAUAUUCCAAAAGCCUUUCUGACUUAGAUCUCUCAGGCAACCAUGUUUCAACAACAAACAAAAGUUCAGUUUCACAGGAGAUAUAUUCUUUGAGCUUAUCAGGCUGCGGUAUCACCGAGUUUCCAGCAGAGCUCCUAAGAACCCAACAUGAAAUUGAGUUUCUAGACAUCUCCAACAACAAAAUCGAAGGUCAAGUUCCUGCCUGGUUAUGGACUCUACCAAAUUUGGAGUAUGUGAAUCUUUCCAACAACACUUUCAUCGGUUUCCAAACAUCAAACAAGAAACAAGGACUAUCCUCUGUCCGGAAACCAUCUAUGGUUCACUUGCUUGGCGCCAACAACAUCUUCACGGGAAAUAUUCCUUCUUUCAUAUGCGAGUUGCAUUCUCUAAACACUCUCGAUUUAUCUGAAAACAACUUUAACGGUUCAAUCCCUCCUUGUUUGGGAAAUCUCAAUAGUACUCUUUCAGAUCUAAACCUUCGACAGAAUAAUCUAAGUGGAGGUCUUCCAAAGGAUAUAUUUGAAAGACUAAGGUCGUUUGACGUCGGUCAUAACCAACUUGUGGGAAAGCUUCCAAGAUCUUUCAUCCGUUUCUCUACUCUUGAGGUUUUGAACGUGGAAAGCAACAGAAUCAACGACACGUUUCCAUUCUGGUUGGGUUCUCUACAAAAGCUGCAAGUUCUUGUCCUUCGCUCCAAUGCAUUUUAUGGACCAAUACAUCAAGCCUCGUUCCCUCAGUUGCGAAUCAUCGACAUAUCACAUAAUCACUUCGAUGGAACUUUGCCAUCAGAUUACUUUUCGAAGUGGACUGCUAUGUCAUCACUUGGGACCGACGAAGAUCAGUCUUCCGAAAAGUAUAUGGGAGGUGGAUUUCCCUAUUACUAUAAUUCAAUGGUUUUGAUGAAUAAAGGUGUAGAGAUGGAACUGGCACGUAUCUUAAAAAUCUUAACAGCAAUCGACUUUUCGGGAAACAAAUUUGAAGGAGAGAUUCCAAAGUCCAUCGGUCUAUUAAAAGAGCUUUGUGUGCUUAACUUGGCAAACAAUGCUUUCACUGGCAACAUCCCUUCAUCUGUGGGGAACCUGACAGUUCUCGAGUCGUUAGAUGUUUCCCAAAACAAGCUUUCAGGAGAAAUUCCACAAGAGCUAGGGGAGCUCUCAUUCCUUGCGUACAUGGACUUCUCUCAUAACAAGCUUUCAGGCCUAGUACCAGGGGGCACUCAGUUUCGGACGCAACGUUGCUCUUCUUUCGAGGUAAACCUGAGACUUUUCGGCCUUUCUUUUGAUGAAAUUUGUAGAGAUGCUCACACGCCAGCCACAAAAGUAUAUGAAACGUCGGAAUCAGAGGAAGAAGACGAAGAGGUGAUUAGUUGGAUAGCAGCUGCAAUAGGAUUCAUACCUGGUAUUUCCUUUGGGUUUAUGAUUGGAUACAUAUUGCUUUCCUACCAGCCAGAGUGUUUCAUGAACCCUUUUGGCCGAAACAAUCGUCGACGGAGAAGCACCACAACUCACUAGAGAGAGGGUGUCCAAGAAAACAACAAGAACGAGGCGUGAAAGAGAAAGCUCAUACUAUCUGCAUUUAUGGUUUGAUAACGUUUAAGAGCUCUCAUUGCUUCUCCAUUAUUCAACAAGGAUGGAAACUUCAGGUGCCUCACCAAAACUAGCAAAGA